AUGCAUGCAUACAUACAUGCAUACAAUUUCGCUGAAGCCUCACAUCCCGUGCAGGUCUGGACCUUCGAGCAGAUUGCCGAGUCCUUUCUGAUCUAUGGGGCAAAGAAGUUUUACAAGCCAGGCACAGGGCCGGAUCCCCUGACACAGUGUCUUGGUGCUUUGAUCACUGCCGCUGGAACGUGCGUGCCGAAAUUGGGCAUCGGCUGCGAUGCCCGCGCGACAGGGCCCUCGGGAGUUUUUCAACUGGACUUCUUGCGAUCUGGAGGAGCGGGAAGGAUUGUCAACACGCAGAUCAAGAAGGACCACGGCCUCAUGAAUUUGUGCAUCAGUGGCUUCGCAGUCGGUUUCAUUACCGCCACGCCGUGGGUCGACCGCGCCAAUGGCAGAGUCGCCACACUGCAGGGAGAUUCCUACCUCACAUGCAUGGGCGCGCCCGCGUUCGUGAACAACUACUCCUGCCCGGAUCCAAAGGCCUACUCUGAUCGGCUUUACGAGAACUUCCUGGGCCCCUUCUGCCACAAGGGCUAUGCCACUAGCUUGUCUCCAUGCAAGUUGGAGUUCACGUACCCGCGGUGCUGUGGAGUCUGGAACGGUGGCGCCAACCACUAUCAGAUUCCGUUCCCAGUUUACUACCUGGAGAAGGCCCAGGAGAAUCAAAAGGCAACGCUUGUCGAGUUGGGUAUUUGGGCUCAGGGUCAGCAGGGUAGCAUUCGGGCUCCUCUAGUCUAA